AUGCCAGCUGAGAACUGCACAGUGUUCACUGACUUUGUGUUCCUGGGACUUUCCCGCAAACAGGAUGUGCAGGAGGGACUCUUUGUUGUUUUCUUCCUUGUCUAUGGCAUCACAGUGAUUGCUAACCUGGGCAUGAUCCUGCUAAUCCAGCUGGACCACCGACUUCAUACACCCAUGUACUAUUUUUUGAGCAACCUGUCAUUCUCUGAUGUCUGUUACUCCUCCACUGUCUCUCCCAAUAUGCUGGCAGAUUUCUUGUCUGAUCAAAAGAGGAUUCCAUAUAAUUUAUGUGCCAUUCAGAUGUAUGCUUUUGGAGCCUUUGCUGAUGUGGAAUGUCUCAUGUUGGCUGUCAUGGCAUAUGAUCGUUAUGUUGCUAUCUGCAAUCCACUUCUCUAUACAAUCGCAAUGUCCAGGAAGAGCUGUACCCACCUAGUGGCUGCUGCCUAUGGGGUAGGCUUGGUAGAUUCUGCAAUCCACACCUGUUGCACAUUUCGACUGUCCUUCUGCCACUCAAAUAUCAUCAACCACUUUUUCUGUGACAUCCCACCCUUACUGGCCCUCUCCGACUCUGAUACUUCCAUCAAUGAGAUAGUGAUGUUCACGUUCAUCGGCUGUGUCGUGGGGUGCAGCAUUGUCACCAUCCUCCUGUCCUACGGCUACAUCAUAGUGACCAUCUGUAGGAUGAGGUCAGCUGAAGGCAGACGCAAAGCCUUCUCUACAUGUGCCUCUCACCUAACAGCUGUGGCUGUCUUCCAUGGGACACUGCUCUUUAUGUAUUUCCGACCAAGCUCCAGUUAUUCCAUGGACACAGAUAAAAUGGCCUCUGUCUUCUACACGGUUGUGAUUCCUAUGUUAAACCCACUGAUCUACAGCUUACAAAACAAAGAUGUAAAAGGUGCUCUGAAAAAAGCAGUCAGCACUAAAUUGUGUUCUCAGUGA